CACCCUCCGUUACUCGGUCAGCUACGUGUUGAGAGUCUAACCAGCAUCCCAGAGAGGGAACAUCGUCAGCCUGUCUCUCUUCAGAGGAAUCAAUGAAGCCACCGCGCAGGAUCGUCAGCUCACAACUCUUCACUACAGUUUAGAAAAGACUUGACUUCCCUUCUUUUGACACUUUUCUCGACUCGGACUUCUUCCGUGUGGAAACAAAUGAUAUCUGAACCCGUCGAACUGGGGAUCAGAGAGAGAGAGGAGGUGGGUGUCGGGCUGCUUGUUUCUUUGCUUGCUUCGCGCAUUAAUUGUGGAUACAAGUUAUGGACUAGCUGCAGCAGUUUUUUUCUCUGAGCGUUAAGUAAACCAUCCCAGAAAGUUCUUCAGGAAACUUUGCAUAAACAGUCGCAAAGACGCGCAAAGCCCUGUUAGUACGGAUUGGACAAUGGCAUUAAAAGCCAAAGUGUUAUAUGACUUCCACGCUGAAAACCCAGGAGAAAUCUCCAUAGCAGAGAGUGAGCUGGUGAGUGUGUUCACUGAGGAGGAGCUGGAUGGAUGGCUGGAGGGGGAGAACAGCAGGGGAGAGGUUGGCCUCUUUCCUGCCUCAUAUGUUGACAUCAUCAGAGACCACAUCAGCGCCAGCAACAACGGCUUCUCCUCACCUAAAACCAUCACCCAGCCCCCUGCCCGUACCUCAUCCUCUGACUCCCAGUCUCAGAGAGGAUUUAAGGUCGGCAGUGGUGGGGGAAGCAGCUUCAACACCAGCCAGGGCAGUGAUGAUGACUGGGAUGAUGACUGGGAUGACAGUUCUCCUGCAGCAUAUGAGCCUCAGGGUUUUGGCAGCACCCCUCCCAUGUAUCCGGUCGCCACCUCCUUGCCGACCCGCAGGAGUAGCCAACAACAGCAGCAGGCCAAGGGCUCGGCCACGGUGGGGAGAAACCUCAACCGGUUCUCCACCUUUGUCAAAUCUGGAGGUGAGGCUUUCCUGCUUGGGGAAGCAUCAGCUUUUGUGAAAGACGGGGACAAGAUUGUCGUGGUGAUGGGGAACCAUGGACCACAGUGGCAGGAAGACCCCUACCCAUUCACAUGCACCAUCGACGACCCCACUAAACAGACCAAGUUCAAAGGCAUGAAGAGCUACAUGUCCUAUGGCCUUACCCCAACUCAUACCAACAUUCAAGUAAACCGCAGGUACAAACAUUUCGACUGGCUCUACGCUCGUCUUGUGGAGCGUUUCCCCGUCAUCUCAGUGCCCCACCUGCCAGAGAAGCAGGCCACAGGCCGCUUCGAGGAGGACUUCAUCUCCAAGAGGAGGAAGGGUUUGAUUUGGUGGAUGAACCACAUGACCAGCCACCCAGUGCUGGCCCACUGUGAUGUCUUCCAGCAUUUCCUGACAUGUGGGGCCGACGAGAAGGCCUGGAAAAUGGGCAAGAGGAGGGCAGAAAGGGAUGACCUGGUUGGAGCAAACUUCUUCCUCACAAUCAGCACACCAACUGUUCCUCUGGACCUUCAGGAAGUUGAGAACAACAUUGAAGGAUUUAAAGCCUUUGCGAAGAAAAUGGAUGAAAACAUUGUUUCCAUGAACACAACCAUUACCGAAUUUUCCCGCAAACAGAUGACGGGGUUCAAAAAAGAGUACCAGAAGGUUGGGCAGUCCUUCAGACUCCUUGGACAGGCGUUUGAACUGGAUCAGCAGGCCUUCUCAGCAAGUCUGAACAAGGCUCUUGCCUAUACAGGUGAGGCCUACGAGGCCAUUGGAGAGUAUUUUGCAGAGCAGCCUCGUCAGGACCUGGAACCUAUUUCUGACCUGCUGGACCUCUACAGGGGACAUUUGGCCAAUUAUCCUGACAUCAUUCAUGUACAGAAAGGCGCACUGACCAAGGUUAAAGAUUGUCCGAAGCAGGAAGGCGAGCUGAACGAACGCUGCAACAUCAUAUCUUGUGCCACACUGGCAGAAAUCCAGCACUUUCACCGCACGCGUGUGCGAGACUUCCGCUCUCAGAUGCAACAUCACCUUUGCCAGCAGAUCAGCUUCUUCCAGAAGAUCACAGCUAAGCUAGAGGAGGCUCUGCACAAGUACGACGAUGACCAGUGUGUGAAAGCAUCAGGACCAUAACAGAAAGUCUGGCAUGAGCUUUAGUUACAUCCAUUGUGUAGCAUCUUGUUGGCUUAUGUAUGUGAUAGAUCUUCCAUCUGACACAAGUACUUGAAAAAAAAAACAUACAAAUCAUGACAGUUUGUUGGAUUAUCUGAACAACUGUGACGAGUUUACCAGUUGCAGGCAUUUUAGCGCUCUGUGCACAGCUCAGUGGCACUGUGGAAGGUAUUAACCCAGCUCCCAGCAUGCUGCAGCUUGAAUCAUGAGUUCUGGGUCAUGUCACUUCCUCUACCACUCCAACCCAUUCAUGUUUGUUUAACUCAACAAAAACAAGGACUCCAAGUUCCACGAACAACUUUAAAUCAGUGCUUCAAUAAAGAGAAAGACUACACAAACUUUUUAAACCAUAGUCUCACUAUAUGCUUAUUGUUACUUGAAUGACCUACUCAGUAUUGUGUGUUUGCACAGUUUGCAGAUGUUUGUAACUGUGAAAAGUGGCUAAGGGGACAUCAUCUGCUCAUCACAUGUGGUUGAAUAAAAAUUUAAUUUGACAUUUCUGACCUCUUUCUUACCUUUCACAAAUGCUAAUAUUUUUCUAUGAUCUGGCAUAAUAUUUAGAUUAAAUGCAGCUUUUUCAUUUAUAGGAGUUUUAAAAAGCCCAAUCUACCCUACAGUCAGAGGUCAAGAUCAGGGUACAGGGAUGUUGCAUUUAAACGGGAGUCAAUUUAAAAAGGUUAGAAUUAUAUUUUAAAAUGUGUUUGUUGAAAUUGAUGCAAGUUUAUUGGUUGUGAUCUCACCAAAAAAACAACUAGUUAAAACAAAGGCCACGAACUACAUACUUGUAAAAAAAUAACAAUAAUUUAAAAAAGAUCUCAGCUACAGUUUUACAGUAGUUGUUGCUAAAAAGUGUUACAUAAAAAUAAUAAAAGUGUUACAUGGAGACGUUCUGACAAAUGUGAUCAUUUCAGGUUUAUUUCCAUGCAUUACAAGGUUUACAGCACCCUUAGUUGUUGUAUUUAACAGAGUCCUUAAAUGAAUGUACCUGCGCUGAAAGACAUUUAUUGACUCACGUUCAAUAAAUAAAGAAGAAAAUAACUAUC